GAAGGUGUUACAAUCAUGUAUGUAAUACCAAAAUCAAUUAUAAAAUGUAUUAAAAAAGAUAAAAAAUAAUCAUAAAUAAUUUUUAAUACAUAACAUUUUUUUGUUGUCUUAAAUAUUCAUCCUAUUGAAGAGAAGUUGUUUUAAAAAAGAUAAGGGGAAAUUUUGUUAAAAAUAAUGAUCAGAAUAACGGUUAUUCUUUCUUUUGCGGUAACAGUUUGUAAGGCACAAUUUUUUCUUCCGCCCAGAAAUGAAGAUUUUGAUGCGAGUUUUCAAAAUACAUUUGAGCAGUGGCUGGAUAUAGAUAGGAAUACUGGUAUCGUUAGGUACCAUUUUGUCCACAAAGAUGAUAAACCAAUUUUUUCUCCUCCUACUUUCGAUUACCAAGGUUACCAGAGAUUUGGUCCAAUUUCUGGACAUGCUUCACUGGUUGUUUCGGUUACAAAGAAUUGGCCAUUUCCCUAUGAAUUUGUUUUGGACGUGGCAAAAAUACGACCAGACAGGAUUGGACGUAUCUCACCUUAUGAUUACGAAAUAUUAGAGGAGCUUAAAAAGCUUAGGCCAAUAAUACAGGAAGCUAUCAACAAUCCAUCAAAGAACUUCAAACCACCCAGUACAUUCUGGAAACCGGAUCAAAUCAUUUCGCCAUCAUUUGCAAAAUAUCUUCAAAUGAAAGGAUUGCUACCGAUUGAAACAGAAUCUGAGGAAGAAGUGGAUAAUCCGUGGAGUGAACCAUUCUGGAACCCCAGUGAAAUAAUUUCACCAUCAUAUGGAAAAUAUCUUCAGAGCAAAGGGUUGCAACUGUUCAAUAAAGGACCUAAGAAAGAUGGAAAGAAUAAGUGGAGUGACCCAUUCUGGAACCCUAGUGAAAUAAUUUCACCAUCAUAUGGAAAAUAUCUUCAGAACAAAGGAUUGCAACUGUUCAAUAAAGGACCUAAGAAAGAUGGAAAUAAUAAGUGGAGCACCUUCUGGAAUAGUCAAGAAACCAUUUCAUCAUCAUAUGCACACUAUCCUCAAAGCAAAAGUGGUCAAAGCAAAGAAUCAUCAUAUUAUGCAAACUAUCUUCAAAGCAAAAAUGGUCAAAGCAAGGGAUCAUCAUAUUAUGCAAAACAGCUUCAAAGCAAAAGUGACCAAAACAAAGGAUCAUCAUAUUAUGCAAACCGUCUUCAUAACAAAAGUGAUCAAAGGAAAGGAUUUAAAAAAUCUGCCGAUGGUGCGUGAGGUAAGAUUACAAACGGAUUAUGAUAUAAUAAAAUUCAUAAAUUAUUAAUAUUAUAAUUUAAAUGCUUUAAUAAUAAACUCUUAAAUGCA